UUGCACUCUAACCACGCCGCUUUGCCUUCGGCCACAUCAGUCAUGGAGGGCAGAGGCGGCAGAGCCCGUGGCGGACAGUGGAGGAGAGGCGGCGGAGGAGGAGCGCAGGACACCGGGGCUCCAGGAGAGCGGAGAGGCCGCGGGAGAGGUGGCCAUCACCGGGGAAGAGGAAGAAGGGACCAUUACCGUGGGAGAGGGCGAGGCGGCGGAGACGGCGGCGCUGCAGACUUUAACAGGGGUCAAGAUGAGCAGGAUAAUAAAGAAAACCUUGAAGAAGAGAUGCCAGAUAUUUACUCCAGGAGAAAGCUGGAGUCUAACUGGGACCGUUAUGAGGAAUCGGAGAAAGAAGAAGUAAAUGAUGGUGUUCCAGUUCAGAGAGGAACGGACUACCAUGUUCUCCUCAGUUCAGCUGGAGACUCCUUCACUCAGUUUCGCUUCUCUGAAGAAAAGGACUGGGAAAUGGAUUCACUGGCAGUUAAUCAGGUGCCUGCUCUCUCUGUGGACCUGGAAGCUUUAGCCCAGUCUCUUCAGGAACUCCCACUGCACAAGAGGCUAAACCUGGAAGCUGAUCUUGUUCAGGUGACAACCCCAGUAGAACUUCCCUCAGUAGGAGUGCUGCACAAAGUUGAUGCUAAUGUUAUAGGUGGAUUUAAGCCUCCUGCCCCACCAUACGUGAGUCGAGAGCCAGCUUUGGGAGGUUCCUGUCCUGUCAAGCCUGUUGUAAGAACCAGCACAUCCUCUCAGGCCUGUGCUGCUGUCAUAAAUCCUGAAGAUGAUGCUGAUGGGGAGCUGGAUCUUCUCCUAGGUCUGCAGAAACCUGUCACAGAGCUUUCUAUAGCAGAGCCCAGGACCUCUAAUCCAGCAGAAGAGCCAGCUAGUCCAGAAAAGGCAUCAGUUGAAGAAAAGAAAGAAGAGGUGGUUGAAGUCAACCAGUUGAAGGCAGAAGAAGAAGCAGAGAGGAAGAAAACAGAAGAGCUAAAGCCUGAAAGUGCCUCAGUAAAACAGGAGAUGACAGAAGAGGACCUUGAGGGCUGGCUAGACAGCAUGAUCUCCUGAAGCACAGCUGUGAAAGGUGAUUAGUGGUCUAGACAGUGGGACUACACUAAAGGCUUAUACAUACGAGGCCCUGUUGAUAACAGCUCAUCUCUGAGCUGGUAUCAGCAUUAAAAUCUCUGGAUAAGCAACAUUGUCUUCUUAUUAUCAGCCAGCUGCUGCGUUAAACUAAUAGAAGACCAGUGUCCUCAGAAACUGUCCAUACAGGUGUACAGUAUUUUCCAAAAUCAGUCCAACGUGGUUUAUGACCCUUGAAUCAGUGCAGUAAAUGACAUGGGAUUUAUUGCGUUGCUCACUUUAUUAGUCUUUCCCCUUCCUGAAAAUUAAAUACAUUGCACAAGUGGCCAUACAAUAGUGGUUUACAAUUUUGUCUUGUUUCAGUUCAAUAAAUUUGUUGCUGUAAUAGUAUCGGAUUCUCCUAUUGACUUCCUAAUGCUGUGGGAGAUGUUCAGCCAAGCAUGUUUCUGCGAUUAAAAAGAAACCAAACAUAA